UAUAGGAAGCGGGCAGAGUUCCAAUAUUGAGCGCAGAGCAGAACGGCCAUUUUGAGGCGCUACGUGAACUGCUCAUGUGUCUAGCAAGGCAGAAUGAACGCCUUACAGUCAUAUUCUAGUGACGAGGAGUCCGGGAAUGAAGCGCCAACACAUAAAACUCGCAAGAGUGGUGACCUGGGCACUAACUAUGAUGAUGUCGGUAUGGACAUAAGUGAGGACUCUGAUGAGGAGCUGCCAUCUGCCCACCAGUCGAGAGAGAAGUUAGGUGCCAGACCCACAGGCAACACUUCAAAACAUCAUGAAUCUUCAUUGGGUAAUCGAUCUUCCGAGGACCCUCCAGUGACCAGUAGUGAGAGCAACAAGAACUCCAGUGAAGUCAAGGAGGGUCAGCGAUCUAGUCUCCAGGAGCGCUUGCUGGGCCUUGCCAAUAGAGGAUCACAGCGCGUGCAACCAGGAGAUGAUCGAGGUUCAGGCAGAGACAGAAGAGAAAAAUCAAGGUCCAAGUCCAGGGAAAGAGAAGUUGGAAGAUCAAGUCAGUCAAGCAGAGACCAUGGUAGCAGGAGUCACCAGUCUCGAGAACAGUCCAGUCAAGGCCACUCAGGACGAAGCAGGGAUUCCCGUAAGGGUCGAGAAGAAGACCGAAAGAGGAAAGAUGAUGAGAGGCGGACCAGGCGAUCACGUUCUCGUUCACGAUCAAGAGACAGGCGCAGGUCACGUUCUAGAUCCAGAGACCGCAGGUCAAGGUCACGGUCCAGGUCCAGGUCCAGAGAAAGGCAUCGCCGCAGCCGCAGCCAUGAGAGAAAGAGACCCUUGGACAUCAGAAAAGAGGCUCAGCAGAAGCUUGCAGCCUUGAAAGCAGCUAAUCCAGAUCUGACAGCAGCAGAACUUCUUAAAAGGAGUAUGGAUGCUCAAGUAGUUGAGGUGCAGAAGCAAACAGGCAUUACCCUGCCAUCAUAUUACAACCCUGCAGCAAUGAACCCUAUGAAAUUUGCUGAACAAGAACGUAAAAAGAAAUUACUUUGGGGUAACAAGAAUAAGACUCAACCAACCCCCCUCCUCGGCACUCAAGCUGGUCCUCCAGAAACUCCACAGGGAAUGAAUCCAGGAAUUGUAGGAAGUAAUUUUGGAAGCAAGUUUUCAUCUCCACUAACUCAAAGACCAUCAGGCAUGGCAUUGUCACAUGCAGCUGCGAGCAGCAGCAGCAGCAGCAGCAGCAGCAGUAGCAGCAGCAACACCAGUGGGGGACAAGCAGCCUUAUGGGCCAACACUAGGUUUUCCAAUGACAGAGAUGGCAAGAUGGCUGAAAAGUUCCGCAGGCUUAUGGGGGUCAAGAAUACAGGUGAUGGGGCUGCAGUUCCCAGUAAGGAAGGUGGUGGCAGUGGUAGUGGUGUUGGUGGAGGAGGAGGAGAGGGCAGCAAAGAUAAAGGUAUUGACAUCCUUCAAAAACAAGAAAGUAUGUUUUCUUCAAUGGAAAGGCAAUAUGAGAUGGCAAGGAUUGCCACUCAUACUCAUAAAGGAUUUGGUUUAGGCUUUACUAGUCAGUCAUUUAUACCAAAGUAAUGAUUUCAUUGUUGACAGUCUCUUAAGUACUCAGUUUCAGUCUUGUACAUACAUGUUGUGGAGCGUUAUAGAAGAUAACUCGUGAAGAAAGUCUUCAGUGUAGGUAUUCAGUCUAGACAGAGGAUUGACCUAUCAGUGUGAUCAUUGAUGAAAGGCUAGACUACUAGUUUACGUCUCCUGUUGCCUCUUUCACCAUUAAUAAGUUUUUUAGAAGUUUGAGUCAGUGAGGAUAUCACCAAUGCCAAGACUCAGACCAGGGCCUCCCCCUCCAUUUUCUUGUAAUUUAUAGUUGUUGCUGUGAGUCAGUGGGAAAACACUGUUCUGCCAUCUUGGUCACUGGUCUGAGUUUUGCCUGUAUGUCAGUAAGGUCAAUGUCUGCACCAAAAAAAAAAAUUAAAUAAAAUAAAUAAUGAAAAAAUAAUAAAAUUAUUGAUUAUUUCGGUAAACGUAAAUAUUGUAACGAUUCUCUCUCUCUCUCUCUCUCUCUCUCUCUCUCUCUCUCUCUCUCUCUCUCUCUCUCUCUCUCUCUCUCUCUCUCUCUCUCUCUCUCUCUCUCUCUCUCUCUCUCUCUCUCUCUUGAUAUAAAAGUAAACAAUAUCAUUUAAAAAGAGCAAACUACAGUUCCAGUGCCACCUGUCAUCAAUAGUCGCUAAAUGGUUUUAUUUUGAUGCCAGACAUCAUUUGCUGCUAGUCAUGAUCAGGAUUUUUCUUUCAUUUCCUUUUCUUUUUUUUUUUCUUCAAAGGUUCAGUCAGAAUGAUUCUAUUGAGCCAAAAAAUGUGGUAUUCACUGACUUGGUAUUGAUAAGAAUAAACAAGAUAUAGUUUUCCUCACACUUCAGUAUUGAUGAACCUCCAACUUUCUUAGUUUCCUGCAUCAGGUUAUAUAAACUGGUGUUUCACCUUUUUGCUGGUUUGUAUGUAAGUCUCAUUUUUGUUAUUUGGAUAUCCAUUUUUGAACUAAGUUAUAUCUUCAGGAGAUUUUUCAUGCAGUUAUGUAUAUGUUCCUGCAGUUUUUAGCUCUGAAAAUAGUAUGGUGUAGGUAUGCAAACUUGAAAGGAUCCUUGCAUGUAUGAGUUAAUGAUUCUUAUAAGAAAGCUAUUAAAACUUAGAUUUUAUCUAGAUGAUGACACUUCAUUAUACUGAAAGCUUCUCCAACUGGUUGCAUUUAGUUAGCUUUACAUACCUACAGUUUCAGUAUGGUUUAUAAUUUUUUAAGGAUCAUGUGGAACUAAGCCAUACUGAAACAAUCUAAAAACUGCAGAUACCUAAAUAGAAUAGAAAAAAUAUCCCCAGAUUUGUACGAGUAUUUUAAGACUGCAAUAAAACAUCAACAAUGUAAGGUA